AUUGAGUGUCAAUAAAAAGAAGCCUGGAGCUAGACUUGCUAUUUGGCUUCAUGUCCGAGGUAUAACUAUUUCACCUUCCCUGCUAGAGAAGCGUAGCUACGGCUAGCGACGUAGCCGUGGAGCGUCAACCAAAUCAACUCUUGGUUGACCAAGUUUGCUCACCAGCCAGCGGAUGCUUACAGUUUUCUAACGCGGUGUCUUACUGGCUGUCGUAUAAUAUCAUGUGAGCUACAUAAAAUAGUAAUGGAGGAACUAGGACAUGAAUUGGACAUGUUGGACUUGUUGGAUUGAAGAUCUGUACAUCAUUAAAAAAUGUUCUUCAAACGAAUGGACAUCCUGAACGAUGCCAUAUAGUGGACCUAUAGAAGUCUAUAUGAGAUCUUUGUUCUUGCUCUUGAGGAAAAGUUUCAACAUCGAACAGAUGCCUCCUCCUCAAACCUAAUGUGUGACCAUGGAACAUGAAGAGGUGCGGACGGAGCUGGACCGGAUCGCUGCGCGGCUGCAGGACGAUGGCCUGGCCCCGGCGGCGGGCGCCGAGGAGCGGCAGUGCCACCUGUGGCGGGAGCUGGUGGGCAGCGAGGGGAAGCUGCUGGCCGCCUCCCAGGAGCUGCAGGCCCUGCGCACGCAGCAGGCCGGCGAGAUGAAGGAGGUGGAGAGCUACGUGGAGCACAUCAGGGGUCUGCUGGAGGAGAGGGAGAUGCUGACAACGGAGUACGAGAGAGACAACGAGCAGCUGCGCCUGGAGCUCAAACAGAGCCGGCUCCUGCACGAGAACCAGAGCAAGGAGCUGGUGGAGCUGCUGUCCCAGGAGGGGCUGGGGGACGUGGGCCUGAGCAGCCCCAGCGAGCAGGUGGCCUACCUGCUGGUGGAGAGGGCCACGCUGCUGGAGAGGCUGGAGGCAGCCGAGAGGAGGCUAGACUCCCAGAGCCUCACCGGCAGCCUGAGGGAGGUCCACCUGCAGGAGGAGGUUGAGCACGUCCGCCGCACUUUGGGUCAGGAGCUGCUGAAGACCAGAGACAACAUGACAAAGUGUUCGAGUCAGAGCACCUGGAGGAAGCUGUUUGGUCCCAGAAGAUCCUCUGCUCAGAGCAGGCUCACUAGCGUCCCCCUCCACGAGGAGGAGGUGUCCCAGGAGAGGGGAGGGCGCCAGGGCCUGGAGCGGGACCUGGAGGAGGCGUCCCGGCGGCUGGCCAUGGCCCACCAGGACAUCCGCAGGCUCACCGCAGAGCUGGACGCCGCCAGGAAGAACCAGCAGGACCACGACGGCGACGGCAGCCUGGGACUCAGUGGAGCUGAGCUGGAGCGAACAGAACAGGAAGUGGAAAACCUGAGGAAGGAAGUGGACAAACUGAAGCACUGUGACAUGGUGGAGCUGCAGAAGGCCAGAGACCAAAACGAAAGGCUGGACGGGGAGAUACGUGUUCUGAGGGAGAGGGUACGAGCGUUAGACACCGAGAAGAAAACCCUCCUGGACAAGCUGGCACAGCAGGAGCUAGAGCAAGCUUCCUCUGUCAAACCACAGCCACAAGGAGAGGGGAAGGGGAGAAGUGGAGAGCUUCAGAGCAAUGUGGCCCCCUUGUGGAAUGAAGAGGAGCAUGUCCACAAACGGUGUCGCGAGGCGUUGGAGGACGGCCGCGUGCAGCUGCGGGAGCUGCAGCGGCGGCUGCAGAAGCAGCGGGCUGACCAGGAGGAGCUGGUGGAGAGGAACGAGGAGCUGGAGGCCCUGGUGGGGGAGACGCAGAACGCCAGCAAGGAGGAGCGGCAGCGGCACGACGGGGAGCUGGAAGGCCUGCGCAGGAAGAUUAAAAGCCUCGAGGCAGAGCUGAAGAAGCAGUUUGCCCAGGACAGGCUUCUGAAAAACGUAGAGGAGAGCAAAGAGUCGGAGCCCUACUUCCAGCCGCUGAGGGGCGUGGGCAGCAGCCAGGAGCGGGUGUCCCUGUUGGAGGCGCGGCUGACGGAGGAGAAGGACUGGAGGAAGCAGCUGGAGGUGGACCUCACCUCCGCCCAGGGAGCCCUGAAGAAGGACAAGGAGGCCCUGCAGAUGGGCGAGCGGGAGCUGAAGAAGCUGAGGAUGGAGGUGAACAGUCUGCAGACCGAGUGUCAGCAGGGGAAGACCCUCAUCAAGAGCCUCACGCAGGUCAAGGGAGAGAAGGCCGUGCUGGAGGAAAAGUUGGCCCAGUUGGAGCGCACUCACGCCCGCCUGCAGGGUGAGUUGGAGCGCCAGAGGGAGAGCGGCGGGGCCAAGGAGGACCUGAGGGAGAGCAGGGCGGAGGUGGAGCAGCUCAGGGACCAGACGUACCGGCUGACCUCUGAGCUGGCCAGCCUGAGGACGGCCCACGACGCUCUGAGAGAGGAGCUGGGGGCCGAGAAGCUCCAGAGCAGCGGGCUCCAGGCGGACCUCCGCUCCGGGGCCCAGGAGACGCUGUCGGCCCAGGGGGAGAGGGACAGGCUGGGCCUGGAGGUCCAGCAGCUCCAGCAGCGCCUGGAGCUGCAGCUGGAGGAGCAUCAUGCCUCCACGAGGAGCAGCAGCCAGGAGCCUCUGACCAAACCUAGUCCCGGGGGUCCAGUGGAGCAGCUGCCCAGCGUGAAGCGGGACCCGGCUGGCCUGCAGGCCGACCUGGAGGAGGAGAGACGGCGGUCCGCCCGGCGCCAGCUGGCCCUGCAGGCCCAGGCGACUGAAGCCCAGGCCCGUGCCAAGUCUCAAGACAUGGUCCUGGGCCAGAAGGCGGAGGAGGCCCGGCAGCUGAAGCAGGACCUCCAGAGGGUCCAGAGUCUGUUCACCUCGGCAGAGCGGGAGCUGCGCUACGAGAGGGAGAAGAACGUGGACCUGAAGAGGCACAACGUGCUGCUGGACCAGGAGAAACUCAAGCUGUGUGCGGAGGUGAAGCAGAGCGCGGCACGGUUGCUGCAGGUGGAGCAGAAGGUGCAGGGUCUGGGCAGCGAGUGCGAGCGCCAGCAGCAGAGGAUCCGGGAGCAGGAGCUGGAGCUGGCUCGAAGCUCCACCACCCGCAGUACCACCAGCAGCCUGCAGGAGGAGCUGCAGGCAGAGAGGGCUCGCCUCAUCGCCGCGGACAAGAAGGUGGUGGAGCUGCAGCAGCAGCUGAAGAACUCGCAGCAUCAACUACGAAUGGAGGAGGCUCGCUCCGGGGAGAGCAGCCGGCUGGAGAGAGACACCCGGGACCUGACGGACAGCCUGUCCUCCCUGAGGGCCCAGCACCACGAGGACCACAUCACCAGGAAGCUCCUGGAGCAGCGGGAGGAGGAGCUGCGGCAGCAGGUGCGCUCCCUGAGGCAGAAGGAGGCGUCGCUGGGCAGGAGCAACUCGGAGCUGGGCCUGAAGAGCCAGCAGCUGGAGAGCCGCCUGACGCUCCUGGAGGAGGAGCUCAGCCAGGCCCGCGAGGAGCAGAGGGAGGCGCAGAGCACCAACCAUCAGCUGCAGGAGGAGCUGCUGUCCAGCCAGCAGGAGACAGACAAGUUACAAGGAGAGAUACAGCUGGUCCUGCUACAGCUGGACACACACGUCAGGAGGCACAACGAGAAGCAGGAGCAGCAGCGUAGCAAGCUGCGGCAGGCCCGGCAGGCCUGCCUGAAGGCCACAGGGCAGCGGGACCGCACCAUCCAGAGGCUGGAGAACGACCUGGAGCUGGCCUCCAGCCUCUCCCUCAAGGAGAAGGAGUCGGUGCGUACGGUGAUGGCUGAGAAUGAGAAGCUGUUGGUGGAGAAGAGGGACCUGCUGCGGAGGACGAGCGAGGCUGAGGACCUGGGCAGCGCUGGCAUGCGUACCGCCUCCACCGUGCAGCACAGGGUCAACGGCCUGGAGCAGGAGAACCGACAGCUGCAGGACAGGACGCUGAAGCUGUCCAAUCAAGUGAGCUGCUUGGAGCGGGCGCUGAGGAACGUCCAAUCGUUCUGCAGUCUGGAGCACGAGGUGAGGAAGAUGUUACCCCCCGAGGGUCUGACCAUGGACAGCAUGCGCCAGUCCUCGAGUCUCAGCCUGACCUCCGGCGCCUGCGACCCCCUUGGGAUCCUGGACGCCAUCUGCCGGGUCAAGGGGGAGGGUCCCCGCGUCGCCCCGCCCAGCGCGCCCCAGUUCCAGCCCUCGGAGCUGGGCUACCUGAACGUCACGUCCCCCGGCCCCGGGGGUCUGGCGGAGACCCGGCACAGUGCAGAGCGCGACCAGGUAUGACGGGGGGGGGUGGGGUGAGGACCACGACGGGGGUCUCCUGAGACGCCCUCCGCUCAUACCCAGGUACUGGCGCCCUGUGCGUAUUGUAAUCACAUACCACCACGCGAAGACGCUUCGACGCAGUCGUGAACCUGUUUUUGGUCGGUGUCGGGUUUUAGUGAGUGACCAAUCACAGCCCUUGCUGCUGCGUUGCCUUGACGCAGUUUUUUGGGAUGCGCACUUCAGGUCCUUGCGGUGGACGCAAGGAGGCUCCGCAAGGAAGUAAUGGGUCCGUAAACCCUCUUGCGUCGUUGUGGAACCAUAAUCAGCCCUUUAGUGUGAAGGAGAAGACGGAGGAAGAGAUGGGCAUUGAGGGCACAAUUGACAAUGAAUCGCCCACAGUGCAGUGACCCGGAACCUUUGAGCAAGUAUUGGGGGUUGCACUGAUGGGACAUUUCUUGGUCAAUCCUGAUUCGAUAUUCCUGCACUAUUCUAUGUGGAUGAAGAUAUUGAAAACGAAUAAUAAUAAUAAUACAAUGCUGUAUUUACAUAGACACUGCCGCAUGGGAUAAAUGUAUUGUAUGUGUAUACAGAAAACUUGGUCGUAAAUAUCGAUUACUUUACCGUAUCACAGCAUUUCAGACUGAAAAACACAUACUGUAGAUGUGUGGCUUGUAUCAAACGUCUUUUAAAUCAUCAAAGGUCAAUGUUAUAUUGAUAUUGUUGUCCCAAUCUAGAAAGUGGUAAACAAAUCUUGGACGUGAUAAAGUCAGGAGGAAACACAAGGAGGAGUAUUGUUUUAAAGGUGGUCUCUCACUCCUCAGGGCAGUGUCUAUGUAGCAGUCACCGAGGACACUGUAGAUUAUAGGGCUCUCUCCUUCAGUUAGAUAGCCGCAAUACAGUCCACGAAAGUGUGUGAGCAAGACCGUUGGGAUGUGUCACAUCCUAAAGCCUUUGACUGAAACCCUAAUAAUGCUGAGUACAAACAUGACGAGGUAAUCAUGAUGACAUUGUGAUCAGGAAAGGGAUGGAAAUGUAAUUGUCACACGUGUUCUAUGCUUGAAUUGUGUCAAAUUAUAAAAGUUAUUUUGUAUUGGGACACCAAACAUACAAAGACUAGAUUUGUUGGGGCAUUAUCGGAAAAGAUGUUGAUCAAUUGUAUUUAUUUAUGUCAACAUAAAUAGCCUUGUGUAUGUGUAGGCCUGUGUUACAAAGUACAAUCAAUUAACACUCUUUAACAUGAGCACUUUAAAAACUAAACUUUUGGGUUUACAUAGAUAUUUUGGUAGCAAUGGAAAUGCUAAUGACAAUGGCAGGAAAGCGUUCAUAAGAUAAACGUGUAACAGUCCCUUGGACAUAAGGAAAUCCACGUCAAGUUGUAUGUUUACAUAUUGUUUUUACUUAAAAUAUCACGGUACUCCCACUAGAAACCUUUGAAUGCAUUUCAUAUUAAUAAUGAGCAGUAUAAUAGUUUUCCGAUUCACCUGCAAUAGAACACACGGAACGCUACGCUUUGGUUUAAAGUUCCACGCUCGUUUGAGAGCUUUCUAGCUAAAGGCACCAGAGUAUUUACUAAACCCAGUGUGAAAGGCUAACAGCCGGCUAGCGUGUAUGGCUGUAUUUACAGUGGCUGAGUCUGGUCUCAAGGGGUUUAAGGACCAUAACCUGAGUAUUCAGCCAUGAGGGUUGGUAUCUAUAAAGGUUGCUGUAAAGAACCCACCUAUUUUGUAUUUUAAAUUAGAUAAAAAGGUAUGCUGUACUUUUUUUUUUUUUUGGAGAUGUUUUUACCUUUAACAUUUACAGAAUAGUAACGUUUUUUUAUGGAAACAGAACAACUCAAUUAAGACGAUGAAGCCACUUCUCAUUGUGUCACUGUGCCUCAGCCUCAACUGUCAUCUUGUGCGUGUGUCCUUAUGGACAAAAUUUUACCCGCUUUGACUUGUAAAUAUUUGGUUGUUUUAGUUUUUUGUUUGCAGAAACCUAUUUUCAUAAAUAAAGUGAACUGAAACAUAGUAGUGCUUUUCUGAUAUUUCUCAAACUCUUCUCUACCGCCAGGGAAGUCAAAGUCUGAGUCAGAGAGGAACUGGGAUAGAAUACAGAGGCUUUUGCCUAGAAAUGCGAGUCAUAAACACUCAAAUCAGAAAAAUGGCCAGACCACAGAAAGUGUCAAAAUCAAACAUGAACCGCUUUCGUGACGGUUCUUGUGGAAAUUGGCCUUAACACACACACACGUUUGAUAUUGUUCUUGGGCAGGAAUCCGUCUUUUAAUUAAAAAAACAUUGGCAAUCAAUUUGAGUUUAUAACAGUCUGUUUAUUAAACAAGGUAAAGAUACAAAGGUUUUUUUUUCUUUAAUUUUUUUUUUUUAAACAUUGAUAAUUGUAGUUUUGCUUCUCAGUCCUGGCUGUGCAUAUUUAGUUGUCUAGAAACUGUAUAUGAAACCACAAUGCAAGACAGGAAAAGGAGUCAUAAAUCUACACAAUAUAUUUUGAUAGAGAACAUGGGUUAAACAGUUAUUAUACAGAUUACAGCUUGGGUUACUCCAUGCGGAAGAGAUAAAAAAAUAAACAAAACAAAUGUCUACACGAUUGAAUACUGCAAAACACAAUACACAGAGAUGGAAUAGAUUGGUCGCGGGAUGAUAAAACAGUUAAGGCUUAGACGAAAAGAACUGGUGUAAAAACAUGAAUGUUAAUACGAUACAGGUAGACUAAAAAUCAUUACAGUAAGUUUAUACAGAAAUAUACUUUUUUUUAUAAAAACCCAAGUAGGAUGGUUUAUGAAAACAUAAAAUAGAUACAAUAGAUGAGUUACAUGUUUUACAGUACAGCAACAUGUACAAUUCCCCCUUAUCUUGAAAUAGAGGAUCACGUUAGAGAGGCAGGGUCUGUUGUUGGCGUAGAUGAGUUCUCUCAGGCCUUUUCAGGGCUUGAGUUUUUAUUCUGUCUUUUUUUUUUUCGUUUUGUUUUGAAAACAUACUUUAUACUGUAUAUUUACCUUACAAUAUUUCUCAAUUCCAUCUCCAACUUUAUUCGACUGAUAGCACCUUUCAUUGGUCCCCUGCUGAAUACAGGGUGCCCGUUUACAAGCAGAGAUGGAACUUCCUGUUAAGAAAGUAAAGGUCCUCUUGGGUAUUUUUAAAGAUGUGGCAGGACUUAUACUUUCCGAAACUGGAAUCGUGCACAUCGGCCUAUUAGUACCGUCCCGAGUGACCAGAGGUUAAAAGUUACAUUAAAAUACAACAAACAAUACUGUAUACAAUGAAGGAAUACUAAAAGUUUAAAAAUAAAAACUAUCGAGGGAGAAGCCUUGUGCCCACAUUGUCAAAAAAGGCCCAAAGAAUACGCCUUUAUACUGCAGUUCAGUUCAAAUGGGUAAAGCUUGGCAUUAUUUUUCAUAGACGGAGUAUAAAAAUACUCUAUUGGGACAGAAUAGUUAUACAAUAACAGCUUCACAUUUUGGUCAAAUAAUGAGCGGCCUAUUUCAAUCGAGUAACAGUUGAAACUUUUAGUUGAAAAUAACAUGGAGUUGAUACAACUACACUGCAUCAACAGAACACAUUAGAAGCAGAUGUCGGUAGCAUUUAUGAACAACAUAUUCUGAGUUAAUAAUUGAUACAUGAGCUCAAAAACCUUAAGGUUUGUAUGGCACGGAAGGACCGUAAUUGAAUUGUUUAUCGUCAAAGAAUUUCAGCAAAGAUUAAAACCAUCAAAUAUGGUGCAAUGGAAGAUGUGGAAAACAGUAUUUUUAAACUUUGUUUCGCCUACGUGACGGUAUUUUUAAACCUCGAUUCUAUACUUUUUCAAUAUAAUUUAGAGUCGUACAGACUAGAGUCGUUUCAAUUGGUCCAGCAAUUCAAAAGAAUGCUUCAUUCAUCCCUCACCAUAUCUUUCAGUUAUGUCCAAAAAAAACUUGCAGCAUAACCAACAUUGCAGCAUGCUUCAAACACUCCG